AUGUCGCAUUCAAUGUAUGCUGGUAUUAAACAAAUUCUUAAACGUACACCUACAGCACCUGAUGAUUUAGAUUUUGAUGGAAUUCAUGAUGGUUACGAUGUCAUUAUUGAUUUUGAAUCAGCUGAGAAUUUACCACGAAUGGAUCUUGCUGGUGGAGCUGAUCCAUUUUUCAAAGCAAAUAUUGACGAUCAAAUCCAUUUUACCUUAUUCAAGACUCUAAUUACUGAAUUAAUCCUACAUUCAAAAGAGUCUUCAGCUUUGACUCGCGAACUUAUGCAGUAG